AUGGCGGCGCCCCAUGGCGGCUCCACCCAGCUCCUGCAGGCGCUGCUGCAAGUCCUGUCUCGGGAGGCGCACAGCGGCGGGCCCAUCGGCGCCCUGCUGGCUCGGGAGGGCGUGGCCGUGCCCAGUGGGCCGUGCGGCAAGCCGGGAGCCUACCGCGGCGUGCGCCUGCUGCCGGGCAAAGCACUGGACAGAGCCGCCCCGGAGCUGCGCCAGUUGCUGGCACGGGCGGUGCUGGCCCGGCUGCCGCAUGCGAUGCGCUGGAUGGCAGGCCAUCCCCAGCAGGAGCUGCAGCUGCGCUGCAUCAACGACACAGCGCUGGAUGCCAGCGCCGCCCUGGACGCCUUGCCGGGGAGCCUGAGCGAGGGGGAGCGCGCCGACGUGUUGGCGCUGCGCGGCCUGCUGGCGUGCGGGGUGCUGCAGCACUGCCUGCAGAUGAGGCACCUGGUGGACUAUGGCGUCAAUGAUAACGUUGGCGCCCGCAAGCGCCUGGCGGUACCGUACCGCGCCGCCCACGUGCCCUCCGAGCGCUCCGAGUACGCCCAGCCCGACUCCGCCCUCACCCUCACCACCCUGGCCUACUACCAGCGCGGCCUGUCCCGCAAGGAGCUGCUGGAUGCCCUGCUCAAGCUGCUGGGACUGGGCCAGAAUGCACAGCAGGCGCACUUUGCAGAGUGGCUGGCGCUGGCGGCCCUGGACGUCGCCGCAGGCAGGGCCAAGCCGAGCGCAGAUCUGGCGACCGUGGACCAGGCCAGCAAGCUGGACACCAACAACGCCUUGCAGGUGGACCUGCUGCACAGGCUGUUCAGCCACAACAUGGCGGCAGUCGACUUCUGGCUCAAGUGA